AUGGAGGCCAGGCUUGUAGAGGUUGCGAGCAGAGGUGAUAUAGCCACAGUUAAAAAGCUCCUUCGGAAAAAUAUUGACCCCAAUUUUCGGGAUGAGAGUGGUUUUACUGCUGUGGCAAGAGCAUCUGCUGGUGGUCAUGCUGAAGUCGUAAGGCUAUUAUUAGAAGCUAAGGGUGACCCUAACACGUUCAAUGCAGUCCUGACAAGACCCCUCCACUUGGCAGCAGCAGCCAAUCACACAGAGACUGUGAAACAUCUGAUUCUAGGUGGAGCAGAUAUGAAAACAAAAACACGCGACGGAUAUCAGCCAGCUGAUCUUGUGAGUCAUGACAAGGAAUCAUGGCAGAUUCUUCACAAUGCAAAACUUGGAGAUUUGCCAGAGAUUGAGGAUAUAAACGAACUGCCAUUUGUGCCAGACUAUUCAAUCCCAGGUGCUAAACCAAAGAAGGAAAAGGGAAAGAAAGGCAAAAAAGGGAAAAAGAAAGGUGGAAAGAAGAAAGGAGGGAAGAAAAAGGGAAAAGGAAAGGGAAAGAAGAAAAAGAAGAAGUGAUGUUUUUGAGCGGUGGUGUUAAAUUUGACUCUUUGGACUAUUCAGUGAUUGUUGUUCCAGUGGAUUUCCCCACCGAGUUUGCUUCUUUUUGCAUUCUUUUUUCUAAGGAAAGUAACUUGUUUCUAUAAAAACCUACCUGUAGUUACAGAAACCUACUUGUUUCUGUGGAAACUACCAGUAAGCUUUUCACUGAAAUAUUGUGAUGACUAUUGCUGUGAAGUAAAGUUGAAAAUAAUUGGGGAGAUGGAAAGACUAUUCUCCUUGGCCCAUUACUGCUCUCAGUUAAACCCUCUAGAUUUAACGACAAGCUAAAUUUAAGGCCAAGGACAAACUGACUUUGAACAGCCAAACCUAUUUGAUUAAAUGUUUAGGUUAUUUUUGUUAAUCAUUUACAUGUCUUUAAACAUCUAUAUAUCUAUAUAUAUUAGUUGCAUGAUCUCAAAGGAUCACUUAUUUUAAUGUUGGUGCUGGGUCUGAACUAUAUGUAGCAAGUUAUGUUUCAGACCCAUUUGAGCCAUCAUGCUUAGUCAUUGGAAUAUUUACAUGUAGUCGAGUAGGGAUGGAUAGUUUUUGUGUGUCUUUUGAUAGAAUUUUAGAUUUAGUUUUUAGUAUGAUUUUAUUUAUGCCUGAUUGUGAUAUGUGAUUGUACUUAGAAUGGUCUACCAUUACAAUUGACUGUAAAGAUGAUGAUUCAAAGGCCUUCGGUAUCUUUCUUACAAC